AUGGAACGAUCAAGAGCAAAUGCGAAUGGCUCUAGGAGAUUGAAAGCUUUGGGCUGGAUCAUACUUUUGAUAGCAAUCGUGUCAUCUAUAGGUCUUGCUAUUUAUUACAUAACACCAACAGGAAAGUAUCCUAAUAAGAAAAUUAAGACUACUAACCGUGCAGCUAAAAACGAUUAUCAACAUGAAGAAGUAGCAUCACCUAGUACAAUACAAGCAUCAAAUAUUGAAACCAAGCCUCCGGCCGGACCUGGACUAAUUCCCGAAGGAAAAGAUUCAGAAUCCGUAGAAAGAUCCCAAGACAAUGAGGAUGAAGUUUCACUAACAAAAGAUGGAACCGAUAUCAAAGUAGAUCCUGCCGCUUACACUAAUGGAAUUGACAAGGGCAAUGCAAUGGGUGAUAAUUUUGAAACAACAGAAGAAAUCAAUUCGCCCAAAGGACUCCAAGAGAUACUAAACAGAGAUGUCAAAGCCAAUGUUCUAACUGAAAAUCUCCCUGAAAAAACGGGAAAUCCUGUUGGUUAUAAAUCAAGUCAAAGUGGAUUGGACAAUUCAGGUGAACAACAAUUAGAAGGUGUAGUUCCAAUAAAAGAUGCAGCACCAACAGAAGUUAUAGACCCAACAGAGGAUGCAGCCACUGCUUUAAAAGGAAAAGAUGUUGCCCCGUUAGAAAAUGUAGCACCCAAUGUAGAAGAAGGUGUAGUUCCAAUAAAAGAUGCAGCACCAACAGAAGUUACAGAUCCAACAGAGGAUGCAGCCACUGCUUUAAAAGGAAAAGAUGUUGCCCCGUUAGAAAAUGUAGCACCCAAUGUAGAAGAAGGUGUAGUUCCAAUAAAAGAUGCAGCACCAACAGAAGUUAUAGACCCAACAGAGGAUGCAGCCACUGCUUUAAAAGGAAAAGAUGUUGCCCCGUUAGAAAAUGUAGCACCCAAUGUAGAAGAAGGUGUAGUUCCAAUAAAAGAUGCAGCACCAACAGAAGUUAUAGACCCAACAGAGGAUGCAGCCACUGCUUUAAAAGGAAAAGAUGUUGCCCCAUUAGAAAAUGUAGCACCCAAUGCAGAAGGUGUAGUUCCAAUAAAAGAUGCAGCACCAACAGAAGUUAUAGACCCAACAGAGGAUGCAGCCACUGCUUUAAAAGGAAAAGAUGUUGCCCCGUUAGAAAAUGUAGCACCCAAUGUAGAAGAAGGUGUAGUUCCAAUAAAAGAUGCAGCACCAGUAAAAGAUGCUGCCCCCAAUGCAAAUGAUAUAGUGGUUCAACAAGAUAAUAAGACUAAUGUUAUAGUUAAGGGUAAAAAUAUUAAGAAAAAUAAAUUGAGAAAAACCAAGGAUGUAAAAAAAUUGGAUGGAAUAUACGAGAAAAUGUCAGAAAAGAUACCGUAUAAUAAUCCAACUGAGCAUGAUAAGGUUGUGCCAGAAUAA